AUCGAAACGCGAUAAAAAUCGGGGCGCCUAUCGCGGGGCGACCUACACUCUUACUUUUUGGGUUUCGCGUCAUUUCGAAAAAGGCCCGAAGCGGCGGCGCGAAAUUUCUCAACAUUCCUUUAUCGCACGACCUUUGCCCAAUCAGGUUCGGAAAAAUAUUUAUUUACUGACGCAUGAUCGCCGCGUAACGAAAUUUCCAUAAAUUCUUUCGGUUGAAUUUACCCAUUAGUGCUUUCCAGUUUUCGGUUGCAAUGCGCAAGAUGAGUCGCGUAGGUACGUAGCCGUUGACAUUGAUUUAAACGGGUUUUGAGUAGUAGCCAUUCGGUUAAUUAGGGAUAUCGGUGAUAAUUGCACGAUGGUGCUGAUGUUAAUUUUAAAUCUGUGCGUAAUUUUAUGCGGACUGAUAGCCGCUCAACAGCGGAAUCCCUGUCCGAACGUCUUCCGCUACGAAAGCAGCGCGCGGGAUGAAGUCCACGGGAUUAUGACGUUCAAAAACGACCUAUCAGGUCGAUAUAGGGUGGAACUGAAGAUGGCCCUACCAAUACGGACCAAUCAGAAAAUCGGGAUUAAGAGGUACUCGCCGGUGGAGGACGUGCAAAGUGGCAGAGAUGUAAUGUUUUACGUUUCAUUUCCGACCAUCAAUCCGCUUCCCGAGGUGGACGAGAUCAUAUUCAACGGACAAGUCUACUGUUCCAUGCCACAUAGCCUAGGUCCCCAAUUUCAGACCUUAACGUUUUUGACCGCCUUUAAUGAGUUCGCCAUUACUGUAAACGGCCGCCCUCAGCAACCGGAACAUUUCUUCAACGUAAUUACGUCGAGCACAACAACUCGCAGAUCGCACGUGUUCGGUCCCGAACUCUUUGAGUCGAUGUACGGCGAAUCCAAUACCAGAAAACCACCGGCGACCUUAUACACCCCAACCACCACCAAAGCGCCGGUAACCAGAAGUCCCGAGCCGCUUGAUAAUCGUGGCGAAUUGUCGUGCGGCAUCUCUCAAGACACUCAGCCGCUAGUGGUGCAGGGUGCAGCAACCUCAGAAGAUCAGCACCCGUGGCUGGUCGCCAUGUUCCACCUGGAGAAAAGUUCGAUGUACAAAUUUAGGUGCGCCGCCAAUCUGAUCACAAACAAUCACGUGAUCACAGCCGCCCAUUGCGUCCGGCAUCUGAGCAAUCAGCAAACGCUAGCGUACGAAGACAUAACGCUGGUGCUGGGCAAGCACAACAUCAAAACGUGGGCCACCAAAUCGGAAAUACGGGACGUGAAGGAGAUUUACGUUCAUCCCGACUAUCAGCAGCCGGCGGACGCCGACAUCGCGAUUGUUGUAAUGGACAGACCGGUGGUGUUCACUAGCAAGAUUAGGCCGGUGUGCUUGUGGAGCGAGACCUCUGUGAGCAUUACGGGAAGGCAGGGCGUAGUGAUCGGUUGGGGACGCGACGAGUUCUUCAACGAGUACGUGCCGGAGCCGAAGGAGGUCAAGAUACCGGUCGUCUCGCAAGAGGACUGCCUUCGGUCAGACGAACGAUUCCUGAGGCUGACGUCGAACAGAACCUUUUGCGCAGGUGCUCGCGACGGUUCCGGCGUUUGCACCGGCGACAGCGGCGGCGGAUUUAUAAUGAGGCAGAACGGCGGCUGGGCGCUCCGUGGCAUCGUCUCGGCCGCACUUACCGAUUCGAGCACGCGAAGUUGCGAUCUUAAUCACUUUAUGGUGUUUGCGGACGUUGCGAUGUACCAAAGGUGGAUACAGCGCGUUCUGAUUCGACUUAUAGCAGUUGACAUUGAUUUCAAGGGUCCCCGAAUCAGUAACGAUCAAGCAAUGGUGCUGUUAAUUUUUAAAUUAUUCGCGAUGAUUCUACUUGGAUCAAACGCGCAUCCCCUACCUCGAAACCCCUGCCCGAAUGUCUUCCGAUACGAAAGUAGUGCAAGUGACAAAAUCCACGGAAUUGUGACGUUAAAAAACGAUCUGAGCGGAAGUUACAAGCUGGACCUUAAGAUGAUCCUUCCGAUACAAACGAGUACGAACCAGAACAUCGCGAUUGAGAGACUUUCGUCAUUGCACGACGCCGAGAGUGGCAAGGACAUCGUUUUUUACGUUACCUUUCCACGUUAUGAUGUCAUUCCUGAGGUGGGCGAGAUCGUAUUAAAUGGUCGAGUUCAUUGCUCCAUGGUCCAUACAUUAGGUUCCCAGUUUCAGUCCUUGACGUUUCUGAGCGCUUCCAAUAUGUUCAGUGUGGGUGGUAUACCAUCAGAACGCCACCCCGAGCAUCACACCGAGGAAGUUACGCACACAUUGGAACCGGGAGGGGGCAUACACUUUUUCAACUUUGAAAGCCCAGGGGUGGCAGUACAUAAAUUGGAUACGUCUGACCCGGAGUCCUUCUUCGUUGACUCCCGGUAUCCGACGAAAGAAAUAAUCAAGCCGGAAUUAGAAACGCACUUCUUUGACUUUAUGACCACUUCCACCACCGAGUCCAACGUUAGAUAUUCUCUACCGACCAAACCGCCUGAAAACGUGGAAUGUGGAAUCGCGGAGGAUACCCAGUCGCUCGUGGUCCACGGUAAGGCAACAUCAGAGGGCCAAUACCCAUGGCUCGUUGCCAUGUUCCACCUACAAGAGAACUCAAUGUACAAAUUCAGAUGUGGCGGAAAUCUGAUUACAAACAGCCACGUCCUAACGGCGGCGCACUGCGUGCGACGUCAGAACAAGCAGGAGACCAUACCGCACGAAGACAUAACGCUCGUCCUGGGCAAGCACAACAUCAAAACGUGGGCGACACGUUCGAAAAUCCGGGCCGUUAGGGAAAUUUACGUUCAUCCCGACUACCGGCGGCCGUCGGACGCCGACAUCGCGAUCGUCGCGAUGGACAGACCGGUUGAGUACACGAGCAAGAUCAGGCCGGUCUGUCUGGGAGGCGAGGUCGCCGCGAGCAUCGCGGGAAAGCAGGGCACCGUCGUCGGCUGGGGACGCGACGAGUUCUUCAACGAGUACGUGCCCGAACCGAGGGAGGUCAAGAUGCCGGUCGUCUCCCAAGAGGAUUGCCUACGGUCCGACGAGCGGUUCCUAGCGUUAACGUCGACGAGAACGUUCUGCGCGGGCACUCGAAACGGCACCGGCGCCUGCACCGGCGACAGCGGAGGGGGAUUCGUGGUUAAACAGAACGGUCGAUGGACGCUUCGGGGGAUCGUCUCCUCCGCACUUCAAGAUUCGAGGACCAAAUCGUGUGAUCUUAACAACUAUAUGGUCUUUUCGGAUGUUGGGAGCUUUAAUAGGUGGAUACAAAAUGUUUUAGUUCGUUAAGUACCAAGGACACCGACGGUUUUUUGCUUGAAAUUUUUGUGGUAAGGUUAGGAGUAGGGGAAAAAUAAAUAAGCGAGCAUUCGGUGGAAUGGAAGAUUGUCCUUUUUUUGCAUUUUUUUCGUCUAUAGAGCAUUGCUUUCUUAAUGGAUUCGGGAUGUCCGGAUUUGGAUCGUAUUCAGUUAAAUUUGGGAAUCAUCAAGCAUAAAUCGCAUAAAUUUAAGUCGUGUUCGGUCAAGGACAGAUUAAUUAAACGCGCUGGUUCAUUUUUCGCUAUAAACAAAUCAGCUGUAAACGCCACAAAUUAGUGAAUGGAAGGCGAGUUCGGACCAAACCAAAACAUCGUUGUGCCGUUGUGCUUUAUUUUUAACGAAAUGAGACCGUAUUGUGCCGAACUUGGCUCCGGUUUGCUCGGAAAUGAUGUAUUUUAUGUGCCAAGAAGAAACAAUUGCCUCAAUUCAACCAUUUCCGAGCGAGCCGAAGGCGAGUUCGGAACAAACCAAAACAUCGUUGUGCCGUUGUGCUUUAUUUUU